AUGCCCAGACGGGAUACGGCUUCCUCCGCCGUGUCUAUUUUGGAAAGGUCCGGGGUCUGGAAUCCCGGGGACUCCACAGUCCACGAAACUUCUCUGCACAAAGGCACAAACAGCGUGACAAACAUGAAUUUCGCAUCUUAUGAUGUCUCAAGGCAGUAUGGUACCAUAUCUGGCAACCCCACAAGAGGCGGGGUCACUCACUACCUAGUUCUUUUAGGUGCAGCCAUCGGCUUAAGGGCCCUUUGGCAAGGUCUGCACACAUGUAGAGAAUGUCUACGGCCCAUUUCGCCUUCCAGCUACAUCUGCUAG